AUGUCUGGAAAGUGUGAGUUUUGGCUUACGAAUGUUAAGUUUCUAGGCCAUGUUUUCUCUGGGGAAGGAGUGACUGUGGAUUCCUCUAAGAUAGACGUAGUACAGGACUGGAAGCAACCUAAGAAUGUCUUUGAGAUCUGGAGUUUCUUGGGCUUAGCCAAGAAUUACCAAUGCUUUGUGAAGGAUUUCUCUAGGCUAGCUUCACCUUUGACUAGGUUGAUGAGAAAGGGAAUUAAGCUUGUGUGGAGUGAGGCCUGUGAAAAGUUGUUCCAAGAACUUAAGACUAAACUCAUCACUGCUCCAGUUUUGAUUACUUCCAAAAGGGGUUUGGGUUAUUCGGUGCACUAUGAUACAUCUCAAGAAGGGUUGGGUUAUGUGUUGAUGCAAGAAAGAAAGGCGGUGGCAUAUGGCUCUCGAUAA